AUGGAUUCAGCCUUAAAACAGGUAGAUUUAGUUCUGGAACUCACCUUGGGAGGUCUAAAGAGAGCCCAACAUGAAGAGAACUUUGACAAAUAUGACAGUGUUCCCAAGAAUUGUGACGAAUAUGGCAGUGCUCCCAAGAAUUGUGACAAAUAUGGCAGUGUUCACAAGAAUUGUGACAAAUAUAGCAGUGUUCCCAAACAUUGUGACAAAUAUAGCAGUGUUCCCAAGAAUUGUGACAAAUAUGGCAGUGUUCCCAAACAUUGUGACAAAUAUAGCAGUGUUCCCAAGAAUUGUGACAAAUAUUACAGUGUUCCUAAGAAUUGUGACAAAUAUGACAGUGUUCCCAAGAAUUGUGACAAAUACAGCAGUGUUCCCAAGAAUUGUGACAAAUAUGGCAAUGUUCCCAAGAAUUGUGACAAAUAUGGCAGUGUUCAGAAGAAUUGUGACAAAUAUGGCAGUGUUCCCAAGGAUUGUGACAAAUAUAGCAGUGUUCCCAAGAAUUGUGACAAAUAUAGUAGUGGUCCCAAGAAUUGUGACAAAUAUAGCAGUGUUCCCAAGAAUUGUGACAAAUAUAGCAGUGUUCCCAAGAAUUGUGACAAAUAUAGCAGUGUUCCCAAGAAUUGUGACAAAUAUAGCAGUGUUCCCAAGAAUUGUGACAAAUAUGGCAGUGUUCCCAAACAUUGUGACAAAUAUAGCAGUGUUCCCAAGAAUUGUGACAAAUAUGGCAGUGUUCCCAAACAUUGUGACAAAUAUAGCAGUGUUCCCAAGAAUUGUGACAAAUAUGGCAGUGUUCCCAAGAAUUGUGACAAAUAUUACAGUGUUCCUAAGAAUUGUGACAAAUAUGACAGUGUUCCCAAGAAUUGUGACAAAUACAGCAGUGUUCCCAAGAAUUGUGACAAAUAUGGCAAUGUUCCCAAGAAUUGUGACAAAUAUGGCAGUGUUCAGAAGAAUUGUGACAAAUAUGGCAGUGUUCCCAAGGAUUGUGACAAAUAUAGCAGUGUUCCCAAGAAUUGUGACAAAUAUAGUAGUGGUCCCAAGAAUUGUGACAAAUAUAGCAGUGUUCCCAAGAAUUGUGACAAAUAUAGCAGUGUUCCCAAGAAUUGUGACAAAUAUAGCAGUGUUCCCAAGAAUUGUGACAAAUAUAGCAGUGUUCCCAAGAAUUGUGACAAAUAUAGCAGUGUUCACAAGAACUUUGACAAAUAUAGCAGUGUUCCCAAGAAUUGUGACAAAUAUAGUAGUGGUCCCAAGAAUUGUGACAAAUAUGGCAGUGUUCCCAAGAAUUGUUACACAUAUAGCAGUGUUCCCAAGAAUUGUGACAAAUAUAGCAGUGUUCCCAAGAAUUGUGACAAAUAUUACAGUGUUCCUAAGAAUUGUGACAAAUAUGACAGUGUUCCCAAGAAUUGUGACAAAUACAGCAGUGUUCCCAAGAAUUGUGACAAAUAUGGCAAUGUUCCCAAGAAUUGUGACAAAUAUGGCAGUGUUCAGAAGAAUUGUGACAAAUAUGGCAGUGUUCCCAAGGAUUGUGACAAAUAUAGCUGUGUUCCCAAGAAUUGUGACAAAUAUAGUAGUGGUCCCAAGAAUUGUGACAAAUAUAGCAGUGUUCCCAAGAAUUGUGACAAAUAUGGCAUUUUUCCCAAGAAUUGUGACAAAUAUAGCAGUGUUCCCAAGAAUUGUGACAAAUAUAGCAGUGUUCCCAAGAAUUGUGACAAAUAUAGCAGUGUUCCCAAGAAUUGUGACAAAUAUAGCAGUGUUCACAAGAACUUUGACAAAUAUAGCAGUGUUCCCAAGAAUUGUUACACAUAUAGCAGUGUUCCCAAGAAUUGUGACAAAUAUAGCAGUGUUCCCAAGAAUUGUGACAAAUAUAGCAGUGUUCACAAGAACUUUGACAAAUAUAGCAGUGUUCCCAAGAAUUGUGACAAAUAUUGCAGUGUUCCCAAGAAUUGUGACAAAUAUAGCAGUGUUCCCAAGAAUUGUGACAAAUAUGGCAGUGUUUCCAAGAAUUGUGACAAAUAUAGCAGUGUUCCCAAGAAUUGUGACAAAUAUGGCAGUGUUUCCAAGAAUUGUGACAAAUAUAGCAGUGUUCCCAAGAAUUGUGACAAAUAUGGCAGUGUUUCCAAGAAUUGUGACAAAUAUAGCAGUGUUCCCAGAAUUCAGCCUGAAAAAUCAUGCUAA